AUUGUGUUUUUGUGAGAGAGAGAGACGAGAUACAUAUGUAGUUCGCACGGAGAAAAUUGAUUUAGAAAAGUUUAGUUAUUUAGUCAACAAACAAUGAUUGAUAACAAUAUUUAAACGAACAGUGCGCCGUGUGUUUGCCUAUAAAUUUUACUGUGUGUUCUACAGUUCGGGUCGCAUAGUUGUGUUCUUUCUUUUUUUCUUUGCAAAACGAAAGAAAUAAUAUUAGGUGUAGUGGGCAAUCAAUAUCGAUGGUACGUACCAAGUCGUCCUCUUCCAGUGCCAGUAGCAGCAGCCAAAAGUCCCCCAUCAAGUCAAACAACGGGGCUGGUGGAGGCGGCAGCAGCAGCUCCCACCGCCAAUCGCAUCGCACUUCGAUCGAUGAACGAAAGUCUAGCUCCCACGCACACUCCAACAACUCCAACGUGUCGUCCUCAAGUCGACGUGCCGCUACCGCGACCUCGGGGAGCUCCUCCCCUGAAGGUGACGACGACACAACCACAGAUGAUUUGACGCCAACAGGCAGCUCCCCAAGAAGCUGCAACGGCAGAGGGCACUCGUCAGUGCAUAAACAAAAUCUUUACGUUGUUUCGUUCCCCAUUAUCUUUCUGUUUAACGUUCUGCGCUCGCUGAUUUAUCAGCUGUUCUGCAUUUUUCGUUAUUUAUACGGUGCCAGCACAAAGGUGUUGUACCGACCUCAUCGUCGCGACUGUAAUAUUGAGAUUGUCGUGCAAAAUUCAAAGGAGCAACAGCUGCAAUUGCAGCAGCAUCAGCACAACCAAACCCUUAGCUAUUCACUUGAAACGGGUGGAGUUUCAGGGGGAUCGGGAGGUGAGCAGCAAGUCCAGGUCCAGCCACAACGUAUUCGCGCCUUACAGCCCCUGGAGAUGGCAACCAAUCGUCCAGGUGGAGGCUAUUCACCUGGUCCUGGUGAUCCUUUGUUGGCGAAGCAAAAGCAUCAUCAUCGUCGUGCCUUUGAGUACAUAUCCAAAGCGCUCAAGAUUGAUGAGGAAAAUGAAGGACAUAAAGAACUAGCCAUUGAGUUGUACCGCAAAGGUAUAAAGGAGCUGGAGGAUGGCAUUGCUGUGGAUUGCUGGAAUGGUCGUGGUGAUGUUUGGGACCGUGCCCAACGAUUGCACGAUAAAAUGCAAACAAAUCUCUCCAUGGCCAGGGAUCGCCUGCACUUUCUUGCGUUGCGUGAGGAAGAUUUGCAAAUGCAGCGUCUGUCGCUCAAAGAGAAGCAGCCUGCUCCAAAACAGCCUCAGAGGUCGCAGACCAAAGACCCUGUUAAGCAACCAAUGCUGACAAGCUUGAAUGCGGAUCCUGUCAAAAUGAAAGUACGCAGCAGUGGAUAUGGACCCAAACAGAAUGGGACUUCUAGUUCAAGGCCCGCUCCUAGCGGCCAAACAGCAACGGGGGCGUCUGGACGCAAACUAACUGUAGGCACUAAACGUCCUGGUAAUUUGCCAGUGACCAACAAAUCACAAACUUUACCACGCAAUUUGGGUUCAAAGACAACAGUGGGAGCCGUGCAACGACAGCCAGCAAAAACAGCAGCCACACCACCAGCCGUUCGACGUCAAUUUUCCUCUGGACGAAAUACACCUCCUCAGCGUUCACGAACUCCUAUCAAUAAUAAUGCCUCAAGCGGCAGUGGUGCCAGUACACCUAUGGUCAGUGUUAAAGGAGUAGAACAGAAGCUGGUGCAACUCAUUCUUGACGAAAUCGUCGAAGGUGGAGCCAAAGUAGAGUGGACAGACAUUGCCGGUCAAGAUGUAGCGAAGCAGGCGCUUCAGGAAAUGGUAAUACUGCCAUCUGUGCGGCCAGAGCUGUUUACGGGUUUGCGUGCUCCAGCUAAAGGUUUGCUUCUAUUUGGCCCACCUGGCAAUGGAAAAACUUUACUGGCCCGUGCCGUGGCUACAGAAUGUAGCGCAACCUUUCUAAACAUCUCGGCUGCCUCUCUCACCAGCAAAUAUGUGGGAGAUGGAGAAAAAUUGGUACGAGCACUGUUUGCUGUUGCUCGUCAUAUGCAACCAUCAAUCAUUUUUAUUGACGAAGUAGACUCGCUGCUUUCUGAGCGCAGCAGUAAUGAACAUGAGGCUUCACGACGCCUAAAAACAGAGUUUCUGGUGGAAUUCGAUGGCUUGCCUGGUAACCCCGACGGUGAUCGCAUUGUAGUUCUCGCGGCCACCAAUCGACCGCAGGAGCUAGAUGAGGCUGCUCUACGCCGUUUCACGAAGCGCGUCUAUGUUUCACUGCCUGAUGAACAGACACGUGAGUUACUCUUGAAUCGUCUACUACAGAAGCAGGGAAGUCCGCUGGACACGGAAGCCCUGCGAAGAUUGGCCAAGAUUACUGAAGGUUAUUCUGGCUCUGAUUUAACCGCCUUGGCCAAAGAUGCCGCCCUAGAGCCCAUACGUGAAUUGAAUGUGGAGCAAGUGAAGUGUCUUGAUAUAAGUGCUAUGCGACCAAUCACUGAAAAGGAUUUCCACAAUUCUCUAAAACGUAUUCGUCGCUCUGUUGCCCCGCAGAGUCUCAACUCCUAUGAGAAAUGGUCACAGGAUUAUGGCGACAUAACUAUAUAGUUCUGUCCACACCUUUUAAUAGGCUCCCCGGCUGCGAGAGACUGAUGAUGUGAGUGACAGAUUAAAACUUUUUCUUUCUGUUACAUCAUUAGCUUUCAUUUAUUGUUGCCAAGCUCUGGAAUGUUUAAUUUGUUUCAUUUUGAAGCUGUAAUUGUUUCACAAAACUUUGUUAAUUUAUAUUAUCAUUGAAAUUAAGAUUCAUCUGUUUUCAUACGUAUAACUGAGAACUUUCUAUGUAUUGGUCUAAGAUUAUUUUCUACGUUUUAACUUUAACUCAAUACUGGUGCCCGAAAACAACGUCACAUCACAUUGAAUAAUUACAAAUACUCAUUUAGUGAAACUUAUUUGUAAUACUAAGAAAACUUUAACACAUUUCCAGUUGAAUGCGUCAUAUACUAAAUAUAAUUGUGUGCUACGAUUUUGAUGCUAUGAUUUAGAACCACCAAUCAUCCGACACUGUAUAUGAAGUUUUUAUAGCGUAGUUAUGUUCGAUUUAAUUAAGUUUCUCUAUAUCUUAAUUUAGUUGUAAGAUAAAUUUUUGUAUAUCCAUAAACAUUCCUUUUCGCCAUUAUAUGGCUAAUGAUAAAUUAUUGUUUUACCAAUUGUUUUUAAUUUCUCUGCCGAUGAGUCCAACUGAGGAAAACUUCCAUUCGCUGUAUCCCUAAAGGAAAAGUAGCACAUAUUUUUGUUAUACGUCAUCUAUAAAUGCUACACGUAAUAAUAGACAUAAGCAUAGCCAUAAGAUUGGAGAUAUAAAAUUGUACUUUUGUCACCAGUUACAAAUAACAGAAUCAGAUUUAUGUUAUAGAAUUAUCUUUUCUCACCAUGGUAUCGAUAGUGUUUAGUUCCUUUUUUUCAAUGUACCUACAAGCCAUAAAUACAAAACAUAAUUUAAAUAUUUAUAUAGAAACGUUUCCAAAAUAAUGUACCUAGACAAACCGACACACACACACAGCGACGCUUUCGCUUUUGGGCAGCUUUUAUGCAGCUCUUCCACACAAAAUUUUAGUUUUACGCCUAGAAACUAACCACUAUUUACAUAUAAUAUGUUUAAAUAUAUACAUACAUACAUAUAAAUAAUAGAAAGCUCUAAAUAAAAUCGAUUUGAACACAUCACUAAAACAUAGAAUUAACUCAAAAUAUUAAGAAUUGUGAUGAAUCCGUUAGAAUUAAAGUAUAAAGUAUUGUAGUCUUCAAAAUAUUAUUUCUGAUUGAUGUUUUCGUUUAUUGUUUAUUUAUUUUAUGCUACAAAUUUAAGAGAAAUUAUUCUGCAAUUGGUUGCUUUAUGUAAUAAAACUACAUUGUGUUUUGCUUUUAUCUUGUUUUA